AUGGCGGCCUCCACCUCCACAGAGAGCCAGUUGGCCUCCUGGUGGAACUAUUUUUUCCUCUAUGAUGGUUCCCAGGUGAAGGGAGAAGGAGAUCCAACCCGAGCGGGCAUCUGUUACUUUUAUCCCCCGCAGACCCUGCUGGACCAACAGGAGCUGCUGUGUGGACAGAUCGCCGGGCUUGUCCACUGCGUUUCUGACCUUUCUGGCUCUCCUCCCGCCCUUGUCCGCCUGCGGAAACUGAAGUUCGCUGUAAAGGUUGACGGUGAUUACCUCUGGGUGCUGGGCUGUACCGUGGAGCUCCCCGACGUCAGCUGCAAGCAGCUUCUGCACCAGCUCAUUGGCUUCUUUCAUUUUUACAAUGGGCCCGUGUCUCUGGCCUACGAGAGCCGCCCACGGGAAGACCUGCGUGCCGAGUGGGACCCGCUCAUCGAGCACAUCCUGGGGAACACGGGUGACCUGCACAAGAUCUUCAACUGCCUCUGGCACCUGGACCGGACCAAAGUGGAGCCCCUGCUCCUGCUCAAGGCGGCCCUCAUCCUGCAGACCUGCCAGCGCUCGCCCCACGUGCUCGCCGGCUGCAUCCUCCACGCGGGACUGAUCGUCAGCACCCAGCUCCCGCCCUCCGUCACGGCCAAGGUCCUGCUUCAUCGCGUGGCACGUGGGGACCAGAGAGGGCCCUGGCCACGUUGCUCUGCACUUCUAGGAGUGGCGUUCCCUCCCAACGUCCAGAUCACACCUGUUUUCCUGACUGAAGAGGAAGCUGCCAGUCUCCGCGAGUUCCCCCGGGAGCCCCCGGCCAGCACUCCGGCGUCUUCAGCCAGACUCCAGGAGCCCUCAGCUGCCCCGAAAGAAAACGCCCCCGGACACGUGGGAUCCAAGGCUCAGACCUCGACAACCACACCUGCACCCCCGUCUCCUGAUGCCGCCUGGGCAGACAGCACCAGGGAGAACGGACACCGGUCCGACCCUGGCCUGGCGAGCACGCUGCCCACGGCGCUGCACCGCGCUGCCGCGGGCAAGGGUAUGGGUUUGUUCGGGGGGAACGGGGACCUGGACUUGUCUGAAAUCCACAUCCCAGAAACUCAGAAAACAGAAGCAUCCCUGAACCAUCCUGCUGCAGACGGCAGGGGUCCUGGUUGCAAGGAAUCUGUCCACGACCCCGGCAGUCCCGGAGCCAAGCCGCCUGGGUCCCUGCCCCUGGGCUGCCUGCCCGCCUCUGCUCCUGAGGCAGUCCCCCAGAAUGGAGCCCUCACGCAGCCCGCAGACCUUCCUGGCGACCUGGAAGACCCCGGCAGGACGAGCGGGCCUGGGCGGGCACCUUGCUUGGAUUUGAGGCAGAGGCGCACCCAGCUGCCCGUGGAGGAACAGAGCAAGGAUCAACGCGGCAGUGGGGCUCCCGAGGGCCGCUUGACCCUCGGCCCGGACUUAGCAGACCCCUCAGACGAAGGCCCCUCUGCAGACAGAACCGCAUCCAGGGUGAGCCCGGCCUCCCGCGAGGGGCUCGUGCGGAUGAACCUCUACACGCACAGCGUCAAGGGCCUGGUGCUGUCGCUGCUGGCCGAGGAGCCGCUGCUGGGGGACCGCGCGGCUGUGGAGGAGGUGUACCACGGCAGCCUGGCGUCCCUCAACGGGCUGGAGGUGCACCUGAGCGAGACGCUACCCCGGGACCAGGCAGCCCCCGCGGCCAGAACCUACAGCUUCGUACACUACGACCGUGUCCAGAAUGUGCUGGCGGCCAACCUGUCGCAGGUGACCACAGUGCAGGACCGCCGCUUCUUCCAGGCCGUCAGCCUGAUGCAUUCUGACUUCGCCCGGCUGCCCACGCUGUACGAGAUGACCGUCAGGAAUGCCUCCACGGCUGUGUACGCCUGCUGCAACCCCAUUCACGAAACCUACUUCCAGCAGCUGGCCACAGCGGCACGGAGCUCUGGCUUCCCGAACCCGCAGGACGGCGCCUUCAGCCUCCCGGGCAAAGCCAAGCAGAAGCUGCUGAAGCAUGGGGUGAACCUGCUCUGA